AAUAUUUCGCCCCCUGAGAUCGGAAAUCUCGGUUCCCGCUGCCGGAGAGACCCUUCUCUUAGCAGGUAAGAGAAGGCGCGGGAAUACACCGGACAUUGGACACACAAUACUUGCCUGCAUCCUACAUGGCGAGAACUGAACAAGCCACGUAUACCAUAACGGAUAAUUCCGGAACUUUCCAACGCAUCGGGUUCAAAGCCUAGAGCCAUCCCGCAUUUUCCAAAUUGCUGUCAAUGCCCUCAAAAAAUCCUCAAACCAACCGCCAAGGGAAACAGGAAUCAGAAUACCUCAAUUGCAAGCAAAACUAUGUAGGAAUCCUCUGGAAAUUUGACCUUCUCUUAGUCUGGAGUUUUUUCCAGAAAAGAAAACCCUGUUGUUUAAUCUCUCUUUAUCUUAUUAGUUGGAAAUUUUCAAGAACUUCAUUGCCAUUAUUCACUAUAAGUUCUCUUUUCCUGAGGAGAGUCUCCCAUUCUUGUUCUGCAACUUUCCGUUUGAAUUCUCAGCAUCCCCCAACAAAACCCAAAUAGUGAUUUCUUCCUGAGAAUCAAGAUGUGGCCACCAAUGCCUCAAAGGAAAAUGGGAGAUCUGGAGGGAGGAGCGGCUCCUCUCUAUCCUACGAUGCUUGAGAGCCCUGAAUUGAGAUGGGCCUUUAUCAGGAAGGUCUAUUCCAUCCUGGCCGUCCAAUUGCUAGUAACUGUGGCUGUGGCAAGCCUGGUCGUGUUUGUGGAUCCUAUUCCUCGAUUCUUCACCACCACCUCCGCUGGCUUAGGCCUUUACAUCUUUACUAUCAUAUUCCCAUUUCUCAUGCUUUGCCCUCUGUUUUACUAUCACCAGACCCAUCCUUUGAAUUACGUCCUGCUGGGCCUCUUCACAAUUGGCAUCAGCUUCGCAGUGGGCUUGACAUGCGCCUUUUCCAAAGGGAGGGUCAUACUUGAGGCUGUAAUAUUGGCGGCUGUGGCGGUGGUGAGCCUCACGCUUUAUACUUUCUGGGCUGCAAGGAGAGGGAAAGAUUUCAGUAAAGUUGGCCCCUUACUCUUCUCAGCCCUCAUAAUUCUCAUUGUCUUUGGGAUCAUUCAGCUCUUCUUUCCCAUGGGGAGGAUAGGACUGAUGGUGUAUGGUGCCAUUGGAGCGCUAAUAUUCUGCGGAUACAUCAUCUACGACACCGAUAAUCUGAUCAAGCGCCACACUUAUGAUGAAUACAUUUGGGCUGCUAUCGCCUUGUACUUGGAUGUUAUCAAUCUUUUCCUGUUACUUCUGACCCUCUUCAGUGCUUCUGAAUCUUGAACAAGAGAGAGGAUACUUCUGAAUCUUGAAUGCAAGAGAUCUUACACACUUAUCAUCUCAUACCUUCACAAGCUGCUUGUAUGUAGAAAGAUGUGUACAUAUGACUCCAGUCACCUUCUCUGUGAUUUCAUCCACCCUUUUUGAGUUAUAUUCUCUUUUGGCAAAUGAGGAAAUGCAUUGUUCUGAUUUGGUUUUGA